GUGGGGGGUGGGGGGCGAGGGAGGAGGGAGCGCGGGGGGGCCCCCUGCCCGGAACCGCCUCCGCCUUCCCGCCACUUCCACACCAACGGCCGAGCAUCCGCCGCCCUCGCCUCCGCCUCAGGUUGAUUUAAGAUACGGAAAAGUCAGAAGAGACUUAAAACUCAAAGCGAUACUGCAAAACAAUAUUUCUCUGAAUUGAAGGCUCAUUGUGGAGCUAUCAUGAGCGAUGUUACAAUUGUGAAAGAAGGUUGGGUUCAGAAAAGGGGUGAAUAUAUAAAAAACUGGAGGCCAAGAUACUUCCUAUUGAAGACAGAUGGCUCUUUCAUAGGCUAUAAGGAAAAGCCGCAAGAUGUGGACCUACCAUAUCCUCUUAACAACUUUUCAGUAGCAAAAUGCCAGCUAAUGAAAACAGAGAGACCAAAACCAAACACAUUUAUUAUCCGAUGUCUUCAAUGGACCACUGUGAUAGAAAGGACAUUUCACGUAGAUACGCCAGAAGAACGGGAAGAAUGGACAGAAGCCAUCCAAGCAGUAGCAGACAGGCUUCAGAGGCAGGAAGAAGAAAGAAUGAACUGUAGCCCAACCUCACAGAUUGAUAAUAUAGGAGAGGAGGAGAUGGAUGCUUCCACAACCCACCAUAAAAGGAAGACAAUGAAUGAUUUUGAUUACUUAAAACUACUUGGCAAAGGCACAUUUGGCAAAGUUAUUCUGGUUCGAGAGAAGGCAAGUGGAAAAUAUUAUGCUAUGAAGAUUUUGAAAAAGGAAGUUAUUAUUGCAAAGGAUGAAGUGGCUCACACACUUACAGAAAGCAGAGUACUGAAAAACACUAGACAUCCUUUUUUGACGUCUUUGAAAUACUCAUUCCAGACAAAGGACCGUUUGUGUUUUGUGAUGGAAUAUGUCAAUGGAGGAGAGCUGUUUUUCCAUUUGUCGAGAGAGCGGGUGUUCUCUGAGGAUCGCACACGCUUCUAUGGUGCAGAAAUUGUUUCUGCUUUGGACUAUCUGCAUUCUGGAAAGAUUGUGUACCGUGAUCUCAAGUUAGAGAAUCUAAUGUUGGAUAAAGAUGGACACAUAAAAAUUACAGAUUUUGGACUUUGCAAAGAAGGGAUCACAGAUGCAGCUACUAUGAAAACGUUCUGUGGCACCCCAGAGUACUUGGCUCCAGAGGUUUUGGAAGACAAUGACUAUGGCCGUGCAGUGGAUUGGUGGGGCCUUGGAGUUGUUAUGUAUGAAAUGAUGUGUGGCAGGUUGCCAUUCUACAACCAAGAUCAUGAAAAACUUUUUGAACUAAUACUAAUGGAAGAUAUAAAAUUUCCCCGAACAUUGUCAUCCGAUGCAAAAUCUCUACUUUCAGGUCUCCUGAUAAAAGAUCCAAAUAAACGUCUUGGUGGAGGACCAGAUGAUGCUAAAGAAAUUAUGCGACACAGUUUCUUUGCUGGAGUGAACUGGCAAGAUGUAUAUGAUAAAAAGGUGGUGUUGAAGUUCCAUGUGCUGGUUCCUCAUUUCUUGACAAGAGUUCUUCAGAAGCUGCUUGUCCCUCCUUUUAAACCUCAAGUGACGUCUGAGACAGACACCAGAUAUUUUGAUGAAGAGUUUACUGCUCAGACUAUUACAAUAACACCACCUGAAAAAUAUGAUGAAGAUGGUAUGGACUGCAUGGACAACGAAAGACGACCACAUUUCCCCCAGUUUUCCUAUUCUGCAAGUGGACGGGAAUAGCUUGUUGUUUUGUUCUGCUGCUUCACGGUCAUAUUAGAUUUAUCACUGAAAAUGAUUCCUGACAUCACCACCAGUACUUGCUAUUAUUUAGGAUAGCAGAGCACUUUCAGAGAUCAUUCCAAAUUGAACAAGUUCCCUUCCUGACCAAUCAGCCUCUUUGAUUUAUCUGCAUGACAUUUUAUAUUGGUCUAAGGUCCCCUGCUGUUACUGCUGUCCACUGUCUCAGCAUGAAAGUAACAGUAAGAAGCAAUCCAAAAAUGUUGUGAUGUUAGAUGACAAAUUCUCAAUGGUGCAUUUUGUGCACAGCUGGUUAUCAUUCUCUUAUCUUCUCAGAGCAAAGGCUAAAAGACACGUUGAUCUGAGAUGUAUUCCUCACUUCUAGAAGACAAAUCAAAUUCUAGGAAAAAAAAGAUGGUUUGUGAUGAUUUCUCACAUCUCUUUGAGCUGGACAGAACAAGGAAUUGUAGAAGGUGGUGGUGUAUAUAUGCAAAGCUUUUGGUAGGCAUAUCAUCACUUGAAUCAGACUUGCCAUUAACAUCUGGAUGAAAACAUUCCGGAGAAGGACUUAUAAUUGUUAAUAUAUAUAAAUAUAUAUAUAUAUAAAUAUAUAUAUAUAUUAUUUUUUAAUUACUGUUGGUUACUACACAAGAAGCAAAAGGCUGGGAUCACCUAGCCUCCACUUAGACUUCCAGAUUCACGUGCAAUUAUGGAGAAUUGAACUUUUAAAAUGCAAGAAUUUAAGACAUAAAAGCAGCAACUGAAGUUGUUUAAAGGUCUUACAAUUUGCAUCUCUCUCAUACUUUUCUUUUUCUUUGUCAAUAUACAUCACCUUUGGAGGCUGAAGAAUGUAGACAGGCAUAACAACAUCGCUUUUCACCAAAAUUUGUACACUAAGGUAAACAGGAGUUUGCCUUACAUGUUUUUACUUUUGAGUUUGUGAAUUAGCUUUUUUCUUCAGGUGUUUUAACGGAAUUAUUUUUGUUACACUUCAAUAGUAUUUAUUUUUAGUGACGAUUGUAUGUAUCAUGUUUGCAAAUGCUGCUAUAUCCUAGAAGAGGCUUAAAAUUUAUUUUGUAAAGUAUGGAAGGACUGUACAAGCUGAACAAAAUAAUGCACUUUUUUCUCCCAUGUGAAGAUGUUAACAAGACUCUGAAAGUGUACCCUGUACUUUGAAUCAGGUUUCUGUAGUGGAAAAAUUUCAUUAUUGUCAAGAGAAAAUCCCAGCACCAUGCACUCUCUACUCCAUGCGGUAUAGGAGUCUGAUAGUCACUUGAACUUUUCAGUGAUAUGGAGGUCCACAAUGAUUACAAUGAACACCCUUGUGCUAUAAUGUAUCAAACAAUAUAUUAGAUUGAUGGGAACAGCCAUUUAAAAGUGAUGUUUGAUUUCUGGCCACAACAGACAUAACAUUGUCAGUGUACCGAAUUACCUUUCUCAUCAUAUUUAUUGACUAGGAUCUUUGAAUCCUUUAUUUUGUUCUUUUAAGAUGUAAAAAUGUUGAGGGAAGGCAAUCUUUAAUACAGCCUUUGGGGCUGGGAGUUGGGAUUUUCCAAAUGAGCCACUAAAUGUAAUAACAUUGCAUGCCAGUGGCAAUGACAUCACCAAAUGCCACUCCAUGGGAUUAUCAUCAAAGUAUCUCGGCUUCAUUAUGUUUUCAACUCCUGUAACAAACUGUGAUUUAGCUUAGUAUUACGAUUGCUGUGUAUGAAUGUGUACAUGACUUCUGAGAAGAAAAUAAUAUUUACAUGCAGA